AUGUCUUCUCCCAUAGAACGCCUCCCUGUUGAGAUUUUUGAGCUUAUCGCGACAAAUCUUCGUUUGCCGUCGUACAGGGCCCUGCGUCUUUCGUCCCGACGGUUGCAAUUGCUCGUGCAUGCCGCUUUUGCCAAAGACGCUUUCUCCGAGCUGCACACUACCCUCGGCUCGUGGUCGAUUGAUCAUCUCAUCAAGAUUGCAAGCCAUCAGCAUCUCCGCAAUGCCGUCAAAGCCAUUCACGUUCGGCUCCUCACUCAUCUUGACUACGAGACCUUAACUUCCAUCACCCGCCUGGGCAUCUUCCCGCCACCGAAGCGCUUUCGUAGAGUGUCCGGGGUAAGAGAUGAACACAUCACCAAUGAAUCUGUCACGUACGACUAUAUAACCGGAAGCGAGUACCCACAGCGAUUGUAUCACGGCCUUGUUCAGGCUUUACGGGGAUUCCCUAACCUGAAGGUUAUUCGCAUUCGUGCCAAGAGCUAUGAACCGUUCCAGUGGCGAAAUAACAUGCCAGAAGGCGACCAGUUAUUUCGCGCCAGGUGCUUUCAGACACUUCUCGAUGCCAUCAUUGGCAGCGAGGUAAACCUAGAAGAAUUUGCCAUGACCAAGGCUGGGUCCAACGCCACUCCCCACAAAGGCGUGCAUUUGUCAUGUUCGGGAUUCAAGAUACCCCCGCAGAAACUACAAGCUUUACAUCAUCGUUUUUCGCAUCUUCAGUCGCUCACCCUUUCAGUCGAUACAAGUUACAACACCGAUAAACGAUUACCCGGAUGGGAACACGCAAUCACUGACUUUAUCACUACCGCGCCCAAGUUACGGAAUCUGACAUUGAGUCUGGACCGCAUUUUAUGUUUGUCUCAUUAUGGUGUAGCCAUAGUUCGAUCGCUGGCAUCUUCGUGUCGAUCACGAGAGCUUGAACAGUUUCGACUUCACAAUGUUGCGCUGCAUGGAGAUGACCUGAAUAAACUCAUACGAGCACACGCUGCUUCACUGAAAAAGGUAGUCUUCUCUGAUAUCCAAUUGCUGUGCGGUGAUUGGUCUUCAGUUUGGGAUGUGUUAAAGGAGUGCGAACGUCUCAAGUUCUUGCGACUGUUCGCGCUCAAUGGAGAGAAGGCACCUGUAAGAUUUACUAGGCGAUAUACAGAACGCCCAAAUAUCACGCUGGAUGAGAAGAAGAGCGAUCGGUCAAUGUCUGAUAUGCUGGACGACCUCAUCGUCAGCUGCGAUGCGCAGACCGAGCCCACAACGCACAACAUUAAUGUCCAUCAUGAGGAUGGACCAUAG